CAUACGGGCUUCAAAGGCUCUUGGCUUUUAACUUGGUUGCACCUAUUGGGCGCGGAAGUAAAAGGUUACGCACUUGCUCCUGAAAAUGAAUAUGAUUUGUAUAAUUCCAUACAAGGGGAUAGGCUUUGUCAAUCCGUCAUAGCAGAUGUUAGAGAUAAAGAACGUUUAAAAAAAGAAAUAUUAGAUUUUCAGCCAGAUUUUAUCUUUCAUUUAGCGGCACAGCCUUUGGUGCGGCUUUCUUACGAAAUACCCACAGAAACCUUUGAAGUUAAUGCCAUCGGAACAGCAAACGUAUUAGAUGCCAUGCGGUUUUUAGAAAAACCUUGCAUUGGUAUCAUGAUUACUACGGAUAAAGUCUAUGAAAAUAAAGAAUGGCAUUAUGCGUAUAGAGAAACCGAUAGAUUAGGCGGACACGACCCCUAUAGCGCGAGCAAGGCAGCAGCAGAAAUCAUUAUUUCAUCAUAUAGAAACAGUUUUUUUAAUCCAAAUAAUUAUGAAAAACAUCAAAAAGCAAUAGCAGUUGCGAGAGCGGGAAAUGUAAUUGGUGGUGGAGAUUGGGCAAAAGAUAGAAUAAUUCCCGAUAUUAUUAGGGCAUUGCAGAUAAACAAAAGCAUUGAAGUAAGAAACCCUAAAGCUGUACGCCCUUGGCAACAUGUGUUAGAACCUUUAAGCGGUUAUUUGUUAUUAGGUGCAAAACUUACGGAAAAUCCUACAAAAUAUGCUAAAGCCUAUAACUUUGGACCAACCAGCGAUGAUACUUUUACCGUAGAAGAUUUAGUAAAAAAAGCGAUUGAAAUAUGGGGAGGUGGCAAUUAUCAUGUACCUUUGUUAGAAAACCAGCCACACGAAGCCAAUUUAUUAAAGUUGGAUAUUGCAUUGGCAAACAAUGAAUUAGGAUGGUUUCCAAAAUGGAAAGCAAAAGAACAACUUAGAGCCAUUGCAACGGCAAAAACAACGCAAACUAUCAUACCGGGUGAGCACUAUAUCCCUGUAACAGGGAAGGUUCUUGAUGCCGAUGAUUUACUAUUUGGUGUUGAUGCCGUUUUAGAUGGUUGGCUUACAACAGGAAGAUUUGGACCCAGGUUUGAAAGAGAUUUUGCACGAUAUUUUGGUUCAAGAACUUCUAUUUUAGUCAAUUCGGGUUCAUCUGCUAACCUUGUGGCUUUUUAUACGCUUACUUCUCCCAAAUUAGGAGAACGACAAAUAAAACCAGGCGAUGAAGUAAUUACGGUAGCAGCAGGUUUUCCGACAACAAUUAACCCAAUAAUACAAUAUGGUUGCGUACCCGUAUUUAUUGAUGUGGAUAUUCCGACGUAUAAUAUAAAAGCGGAACGUAUAGAAGAAUCCAUUACGCCAAAGACAAAAGCCAUUAUGAUAGCACACGCGCUGGGCAAUCCUUUUAAUUUGGAAGAAGUCAUGCGGGUAGCUGAAAAAUAUAAUUUAUGGGUAAUAGAAGAUGAUUGUGAUUCGUUGGGUGCAACUUAUAAGGAUAAAAAAACAGGAACUUUCGGUGAUUUAUCUACGGUUUCUUUUUAUCCUGCACAUCAUAUUACGAUGGGCGAAGGUGGUGCGGUAUUGGUCAAUAAUUGGAAACUAACGGAAAUAGCCAGAAGUUUUAGGGAUUGGGGACGCGAUUGCUAUUGCGAACCGGGUAAAGAUAAUACUUGCGGUAAAAGGUUUGAUUGGUGUUUGGGAGAGUUGCCUUGUGGCUAUGAUCAUAAAUAUACUUAUUCGCAUAUUGGUUUUAACUUGAAAGUGACCGAUAUGCAAGCAGCUAUUGGAUUAAGUCAACUCAAAAAAGCAGAUAGUUUUGUUGCCAAGCGUAGAGAAAAUCAUCAAUUGUUGUAUCAAAUGCUUAAGCCUUUUGAGGAGCAUUUUAUCUUGCACGAAGCUACGCCGAAUAGUAAUCCAAGUUGGUUUGGCUUUAUGAUUACGAUAAGAGCGCAUAGUCCGAUUAAUAGAAAUGAAUUGGUGCAAUAUUUAGAAGAAAAUAAAAUUGGCACACGUUUAUUUUUUGGCGGAAACUUGAUAAAACAACCUGCGUAUCACAAUAUUCAAAAACGCAUCGUAGGUGAUUUGACCAAUACGGAUAUUAUCAUGGAUAGAAGUUUUUGGUUGGGUGUUUGGCCUGGGUUGAAUGUGGGACAUUAUGAGUAUAUGGUUUCUACUUUAAAUACUUUUAUUGGAGGCUGCGGCUUUCUUGGUUCUAAUUUGGCAAAGGAAGUGCUUAAAAGAGGAGAAGAACUAUUUGUUUUUGAUAAUCUUUUUAGAUACGGAAGUGAGCAAAACUUAAAAUGGUUGCAAGAACAAGGAGAUUUUAAAUUUUAUCGGUCUGACAUUCGUUCUUAUAAUGAUGUAGAAUAUGCGAUUAAAGAUGCAAAACCUGAUGUUGUUUUUCAUUUAGCAGGACAAGUAGCAAUGACAACUUCUUUGGCAAAUCCUCGUUUAGAUUUUGAAAUAAAUGUAUUGGGCGGAAAUAACUUAUUAGAAAGUGUUCGGAAAUUUGUGCCUGAAGCCAUUGUUACCUAUUCUUCUACGAAUAAAGUAUAUGGUGAUUUAGAAUGGAUUGAAUAUAUAGAAACACCGACAAGAUAUAUUGCAAAGGGUUAUGAAAAUGGCUUUGAUGAAACGUUGCCUUUAGAUUUUCAAUCGCCUUAUGGUUGUUCAAAAGGAGCAACUGACCAAUAUAUGAAAGACUAUCACAAAAUGUUUGGUUUAAAAACGAUAGUUUUUCGUCAUUCUUCUAUUUUUGGUGGGCGGCAAUUUUCUACCAUUGACCAAGGUUGGGUUGGUUGGUUUGUAAAACAGGCAUUGGAUAUAAAAAAUGGAAAGCUAAAAGAACCUUUUACAAUUUCAGGGACGGGGAAGCAAGUGCGGGAUAUUCUCUUUGCAGAUGAUUUGAUUCAAUGUUAUUUUAAAGCUAUUGAUAAUAUUGAAAAAACUAAAGGACAGAUAUAUAAUAUUGGUGGUGGUGUGGAGAAUAGUUUAUCUUUGUUGGAAUUAUUUACAUUCUUGGAAAAGGAAUUAGAUAUUAAAAUGAAUUAUACGCAACUGCCUUUUAGAAAAAGUGACCAAAUGGUUUUUAUGGCGGAUUUUCGGAAGGCAGACAAGCAGUUUGACUUUGGUGUUGAUAGAAAUAAAGAAUAUGGUAUAAAAGAAAUGAUUGAAUGGCUAAAA